UGGAGGCGGUGCCCCUGCAGGCAGCAGACAGGCAGGCAGGCUGGGCAGCAAACAGACCGCAGAGAAACAUCCAGCAAGGAGGGGACACCGUCAGAGACCAGGAGGAGGAGGGAGGGACCGACAGACACCGAAACAAACGGCGCUGACAAUACCGCACCGGUACCGUCGUGACAGCGGCUGUGGGCAGCACGGAGCGGCGUUGAGGGCCAGCGUUUUCAUCCCCUGUAUGUUCAGAAACAGCCCGUCGUCACAAUGACAGCAGAGGAAACCAUAAAUGUGAAGGAGGUGGAGAUCAUCAAGGUGAUCCUGGACUUUCUCAACUCCAGGAAGCUGCACAUCAGCAUGCUCGCUCUGGAGAAAGAGAGCGGCGUCAUCAACGGGCUCUACUCAGACGACAUGCUCUUUCUCAGGCAACUGGUCCUCGACGGGCAGUGGGAUGAGGUCCUGCAGUUCAUUCAGCCUCUGGAGUGCAUGGACAAGUUUGACAGAAAAAGGUUUCGUUACAUCAUCCUCAAGCAGAAGUUUCUGGAGGCUCUGUGUGUGAAUAACGCCAUGUCUGCAGAAGACGAGCCACAGCACCUGGAGUUCACCAUGCAGGAAGCUGUCAAAUGCCUCCACGCCCUGGAGGAGUUCUGUCCGUCUAAAGACGACUACAGCAAGCUGUGUCUGCUCCUCACACUCCCUCGCCUCACAAAUCAUGCUGAGUUCAAGGACUGGAACCCGAGCACGGCCAGAGUUCAGUGUUUCGAGGAGGCCUGCACCAUGGUGGCCGAGUUCAUCCCCGCAGACAGGAAGCUGAGUGAGGCUGGAUUCAAGGCCAGCAGGGAUCGACUAUUUCAGCUGCUUCUCAAGGGAGUCCUCUAUGAGUGCUGUGUCGAGUUCUGCCAGAGCAAAGCGACGGGCGAGGAGAUCACAGAGAGCGAGGUCCUCCUGGGCGUCGACAUGCUGUGCGGUAACGGCUGCGACGACCUGGACCUGUCGCUGCUCUCCUGGAUGCAGAACCUCGCCCAGACCGUCUUCUCCUGCGCCUUCGAACAGAAGCAGCUCAACAUCCACAUAGACCGCUUGGUCAAGCCUGCUAAGACCGGCUACUCUGAUCUCCUCACCCCGCUCAUCAGCAAACUGUCGCCAUACCCCUCCUCCCCCCUUCGCCGCCCGCAGUCCGCUGACACCUACAUGUCGCGCUCCUUGAACCCAGCGCUGGACGGGCUGUCCUACGGGCUCUCCGGCCAGGAUAAGCGAGCGAGCGCCGGGGAAAUAGCGCCGGGUAAAGGGGUCUCUCCGAUGUCCCACUCGUUUGCCAACUUUCACUACCCGGGAGCAGGAGGGCAGAGCUUGAGCAGGAGUCUCAUGAUGGAGAGCUCCGACUGCCACAGCAUCUUUGAGGAAUCCCCUGAAACGUCGAGGACAGACACACCUGUGGAUAAGAUGAUGGGCUCAGCUGGAGCCCAGAACACGCGUCCUGCCUCAGCUCCGGGCGAAGACGCUCCGUCAGCUGGUUCUGCUGACAGGAAUGAGCUUCGUGACUCAACAGAGAAGUAUGAGGAGUUUUAUCGCCAGCGCCUCCGCGUGCAGCAGCACCUGGAGCAGAAGCAGCAGCAGAGGCAGAUGUACCAGCAGAUGUUGCUGGAGGGAGGGGUCCAGCAGGAGCCCCCGCCCAGCGACAUGCAGCACAGCCUCACAGAGAAGUUCCUCAACAGGUCCAUCCAGAAGCUGGAAGAGCUCAACGUGGGGAUGGAGAAUUUGGGAGAAGAGGUAAAAUCUCUGACGCAGCAGUGUAAUGGCAACGGGAACACGCCCGCCUCUGAGGACAAUAACAACCCUCCGUCUGUAACCCCCGAGCAGAGCCGGACCCAAGGGGGAGGGGUGCUCAGCAGCACCCCGCAACGCACCGUAGGGGGUCGGCCUGUGCCGCCUCCAAAUGAGUCCCCUGUUGCCACAAUGAGUGGGCAAAAACCAAAAGGAGGCCAACAAGGUGACUCUCCAGGCUCUUUAUCCCGAAUUAAAGAGGGUGACAAACCAAAAAGCCUGUUUGUACCGGUGCAUUCUUUGGAAGACACUCAGGCUAUUCGAGCCGUUGCCUUUCACCCGUCUGGAGCGCUGUACGCUGUGGGCUCCAACUCCAAAACGUUACGCGUGUGCGCUUAUCCAGAGACGCUCGACACGAGUGGUUCAAGUCCAACAAAGCAGCCGGUGGUUCGCUUUAAGAGGAACAAACACCACAAAGGGUCCAUCUACUGUGUGGCCUGGAGCCACUGUGGGCAGCUGCUGGCUACAGGCUCCAAUGACAAAUAUGUCAAAGUGCUGCCUUUCAGCGCAGAAACGUGCAACGCCACAGGCCCAGACCUGGAGUUUAGUAUGCAUGACGGUACCAUAAGAGACCUGGCCUUCAUGGAGGGGCCUGAAAGUGGAGGAGCCAUCUUGAUCAGUGCCGGGGCCGGAGACUGUAACAUCUACACCACAGACUGCCAGAGAGGACAGGGUCUGCACGCCCUCAGUGGACAUACAGGACACAUCCUGUCUCUGUACACGUGGGGAGGCUGGAUGAUCGCUUCCGGCUCUCAAGAUAAGACGGUGCGUUUCUGGGACCUCAGAGUGCCCAGCUGUGUGCGGGUAGUGGGAACUGCUUUCCAUGGCUCAGGGAGUCCUGUUGCCUCAGUCGCAGUUGAUCCUAGUGGCCGUCUCCUAGCAACAGGACAGGAAGAUAGCGCAUGCAUGCUGUAUGACAUCAGAGGAGGACGCAUCGUCCAGGUGUACCGGCCGCACACCAGUGACGUUCGGUCCGUUAGGUUUUCCCCCGGAGCGCACUACCUGCUCACUGGUUCCUAUGACACAAAGGUUGUGGUCACCAACCUCCAAGGUGACCUGACCAAACAGCUGCCUCUGACCGUGGUGGGAGAACACGGUGACAAAGUGAUCCAGUGCCGAUGGCACACACAAGACCUGUCCUUCCUCUCAUCCUCUGCUGAUCGCACUGUCACACUUUGGACACACAAUCCAUAACUCACACACACUUGUAUGCGCACACACACAUACACACAGAGCCAGUUGUUUCUAUCUGACACAUUCCCCUAAAAUAUUACUGCUCCUCUGCAUUGUAAACACUGACCCACCCUUACACACACACACACACACACACACAC